GCAGGUAUUCAGCCGUCUCCAGGGAAGCAGAGCUCCAUCACACCCGACAGCUACUUGGGAAGGCAAAAUGCCAUCACUGUGAAUAUGCCCCCUCCUUCCUUCUUCCGCCAGCUUUAUAUGCCAAUCAUGAUGUCAUAUGGUAUGGAAUAUCGCUUUGGUCAGUUCGGGUGGUACAGAAGAGGUGUAACCAUCUUGUACCCUAGCCCUGGAGAACCUGCAGCAGGCUUUUUCUGCUCCCAGUUUUCAAGAGGAGUCUUUGCAAUUUUUGGAUUCUAUGACAAGAAGUCUGUAAAUACCAUAACCUCUUUCUGCGGGACUCUUCAUGUCUCCUUCAUAACUCCCAGCUUCCCAACAGAUGGAACACAUCCUUUUGUCAUUCAGAUGAGACCUGACCUCAAGGGAGCUCUUCUUAGCUUGAUCGAGUACUAUCAGUGGACCAAGUUUGCGUAUUUGUAUGACAGCGACAGAGGCUUAUCAACACUGCAAGCUGUACUGGAUUCUGCUGCUGAAAAGAAAUGGCAAGUGACUGCUAUCAAUGUAGGAAAUAUUAACAAUGACAGAAAAGAUGAAACUUACCGUUCACUGUUUCAAGAUCUAGAGGUAAAAAAGGAAAGGCGAGUGAUUUUGGACUGUGAACGUGAUAAAGUCAACGACAUUGUUGAUCAGGUUAUCACAAUUGGUAAACAUGUUAAAGGAUACCAUUAUAUCAUUGCAAAUCUGGGAUUUACCGAUGGAGAUUUGUCAAAAAUUCAGUUUGGAGGAGCCAAUGUCUCAGGAUUUCAGAUAGUUGACUAUGAUGAUCCUCUGGUGUCAAAAUUUAUACAGCGUUGGUCAACGCUGGAGGAAAAAGAAUAUCCCGGUGCACACACCAGUACGAUUAAGUAUACGUCUGCCCUGACCUAUGAUGCUGUUCAAGUGAUGACAGAAGCUUUCCGUAAUUUGCGUAAACAGAGGAUUGAGAUUUCCAGAAGAGGAAACGCUGGAGAUUGUCUUGCAAAUCCAGCUGUACCCUGGGGUCAUGGUGUAGAAAUAGAAAGGGCAUUGAAACAGGUUCAGGUGGAAGGUCUAACAGGGAAUAUAAAAUUUGAUCAGAAUGGAAAGAGAAUCAAUUUUACAAUAAACAUCAUGGAACUCAAAAGUACUGGUCCUCGGAAGAUUGGAUAUUGGAGCGAAGUGGACAAAAUGGUUGUGAAUCCUCUUGAUGGUCCUCUUGGAAAUGAAUCUUCAGGACUAGAGAAUAAGACUAUUAUUGUCACCACUAUUUUGGAGUCCCCAUACGUCAUGAUGAAGAAAAAUCAUGAAAUGCUUGAAGGAAAUGAUCGAUAUGAGGGCUAUUGUGUGGACUUAGCUACAGAAAUUGCUAAACACUGUGGAUUCAAAUAUAAACUCACAAUUGUUGGGGAUGGCAAGUAUGGGGCAAGGGAUGCAGACACGAAAAUCUGGAAUGGGAUGGUUGGAGAACUUGUUUAUGGGAAAGCCGAUAUUGCAAUCGCCCCAUUAACUAUAACAUUGGUGAGAGAAGAGGUGAUUGACUUCUCAAAGCCCUUUAUGAGCCUGGGGAUAUCAAUAAUGAUCAAGAAGCCUCAGAAGUCCAAGCCAGGAGUGUUUUCAUUUCUUGAUCCGUUAGCAUAUGAAAUCUGGAUGUGCAUUGUUUUUGCCUACAUUGGGGUCAGUGUAGUUUUAUUCCUGGUCAGCAGAUUUAGCCCAUACGAGUGGCACACUGAGGAAUUUGAAGAUGGAAGAGAAACGCAAACUAAUGAAUCAACUAAUGAAUUUGGGAUAUUUAAUAGUCUCUGGUUUUCCCUGGGUGCCUUUAUGCAGCAAGGAUGCGAUAUUUCGCCAAG